UGUGUGCUUGCGCCGUCCCAGCAGGCAGCUAGGCAGCUGUCUCAUUGCUGCCUGACUGUCUGCCUAACACCAGAAUAUAUGUAGACCGUUCCUGUUCGCUGUGCGAUGCAGCUCUACCACUGCCUCCAAUAUUUCGACCUCGACCAAGCCCAGUACCUUGCAGCGUCCCUCUCUGAAAUUUCACGUGCAUGUUUGGUGUGAAUGGUUGUGUGUCUCGUGCAUCAAGUGAAGUCUGUCUGUGCAACACACUUUCGGCAAAGCGCGAGUGGGUCCCAAGCUUCCUCUUGGCUGAGAGAAGACAGCGCGCGUUACCUCUGCUGCUCCUGCACACCACCACAGUCGCGCUCUUCUCUGUCCAGCACCUGCCAUUUCGGCGCCGCCUCUCAUUGACAUUUGUUCCCUCCGUCGCAUGGCGCGUGACGAUUAAUUCUCCGCUCGACAUUCGCAUCAGAUUCAUCCUCGUUUCCCCAGCCACUCGACCCUCGCAUAGAGCGCCUCGAACCACGGCUGCCGCGCGCGAGCGCAUUUACCAGAUCGUCUGAGUUGCCACGAGACCGCGGCCAUGUCUUUCGGUGGCUUUGGCAACACCAGUUCCACCUUCGGCGGCGGAGGUGGCUUUGGUAGCACGAACACAGGCGGUUUUGGCUCGACACAGACCACAUCCUCAGGCGGUCUUUUUGGCGCCAACACAGCUACUGCUGGUGGUUUCGGAAGUGGUGGAGGCUUCGGCAGUACAAAUACCAACACCUCAGGCGGCGGCUUGUUUGGUAACAACACGAGCACCGGCGGAGGCUUUGGCAGUGGAGGCACUGGCUUUGGCGCUACCAACACUGCCAGCACUGGAUUUGGGGCUAACAACAGCUCUGGCGGAGGUCUAUUUGGAGCCAACAAACCAGCAGGUGGCUUCGGCUCGACCAAUACUGGCUCUAUAUUCGGAGGUAAUAACAACACCGCGAGCACCGGCUUUGGUGCAAAUAACAACAACACGACCUCGGCUUUUGGCGGCGCGGCAUCAGGCUCAGGGGGCUUUGGUGCGACGAACAACAGCACAGGUGGAUUUGGUGGUUUUGGUGCGAGCACAACUACUGCACAAACCAACAACGGAACUGCCGGCACACCAUUCCAAGCUUUCCAAGAGAAAGAUACAGCCACAAGUCAGACUUCGCACUUCCAAUCGAUCACUUUCCAGCAGCCUUACCAGAACAAGAGCUUCGAAGAACUGAGGGUCGAGGACUAUCUACAAGGAAGGCGGUACGGCAACAGCAACGGCCAAGCAGGCAGCUUUGGCACAAGCACUGGCUUUGGUGGCAGCUUGUUCGGGGGCAACAACAAUACUGCGCAGACUAGCGGAUCUUCACUGUUUGGCGGCAAUACCUCGACUGCCAACAACGCUUCGACCGGAUUCGGUGGAUUCGGUGCGAACAACAACAAUAACAGUACGGCCAACACAAGCUUCGGUGCCAGCAAUACGGCAGGAGGACUCUUUGGAUCCCAGAAUAAGCCUGCGGGUGGGCUUUUUGGGAGCACCACAACUGCCCCAACUGGUGGAUUCGGCAGCACGAACAACAACACCUCUGGUGGCGGUCUAUUUGGCGCCAACAACAACAACACAUCGACUACCACUGGAUUUGGCGCUAACAACACUUCCAGCGCCGGCGGCCUGUUUGGCGCGAACAAUACCGCUGCGGCAAAGCCGGCGUUUGGUGGGUUCGGACAGACUGCCACCAAUACUGGCGGGUUUGGAUCCACCACCAACACCACCACGGGUGGAGGCUUGUUUGGCAGCAACACUAAUACCAAUACCAAUACUGGUGGUGGCCUCUUUGGAAGCAACAACAACAACCAGCAGCAGCAACAGAGCAGCAAUCCCUUCGGCGGCAGCACUAAUACUGGCGGCCUCUUCGGCAAUAACAAUCAAGCAAAGCCCGCUGCUGGGGGUCUUUUCGGUAGUAAUACCGCUGCCACCGGCACUGGCGGUGGACUUUUUGGCGCAAACAACAACAACCAGCAGCAGCAGUCUGGUGGCUUGUUCGGAUCGUCCAACACCAACAACAACACAAGCGGCGGCCUGUUCGGCAACAACAACCAGAACAAGCCAGCUACAGGUGGCCUGUUCGGAAGCACACCAGCAAACAAUACUGCUGGCGGUGGUCUUUUUGGCAACAACACGAGCACAAACAACGCUGGAGGUGGCUUAUUUGGUGCCUCAAACAACAACAAUGCAGGAGGCAACUCGCUGUUUGGCAAUAACAACAACAAGCCAGCUGGCAGUCUCUUUGGAGGAGGGAAUAACAACUCCGGAAACAGUCUUUUCGGAGGUGGUAUGGCGAACAACAACAACCAGCAGGCCACUGGGGGCAGUAGUCUCUUCGGCUCUACGAACCAGCAGAGCAACGCCAACAACAACUCGCUGUUCGGGAGCCUCGGCCAAAGCGCGAACCCCAACCAACAGAAUCAGCUCCAUGCGAGCUUGACUCUCUCCCCGUACGGCAACGAUCAAUUGUUCAGUUCACUGGGACAGUCUUCCGCCCCUGUCGGGCCAUUGGCCACUCCGCUGACAGGCGCACGUCCAACACCGGCCAAGACUCCAAGUCUUUUGUCCAGCAGCCGGCUUAACUCCCCUAUGUACACGCCCAGGGCAAGCACAAUGGGCCGCACCGGGGGCUACGGCUUCUCUUACUCGACGUACGGUACUCCAGGCUCCGCAUACUCCGUCAACCUCACGCCGCAGGCCAGUAGUCUGCUGAAGCCGACUGGCAGUCUGGGCAGUGCACUGACAAGCAGACUCGCGAAGAGUAUGUCCAUGAAUAACCUUCGUGGCGAUACACCUUCUCGAGAAGGAGACAGUCUACUCCGUCCGGCACCUGGCAGUGCCUCUAGCCGCUACCUCAACUCUGGCAGCAUGCGUAAACUCACCAUCGACCGCAACUUGCGCACUGACCUCUUCUCUCCACCGACAAGUAGCAAUCUCCAGCGAAUAGAGUCCGUUGGAGAUCAGCAGAGUCCGGGAUUGGCGAAGAAGGUCAGCUUCGACAACUCAGCUGCUACGGGUGCAAGACAGACUGAAGUCACUCCUAAUGCUGGCAACGCACUUGUGCGCACUGAGACCGAAGACGACGAGGAGUCGCCUCGUGUAACGCGAUCGCAGGCCAAGACGAACAGUGCACCGGAGAUGGAGCAGGUCAAUGGCGCAAAGUCGCUUACAGACAUCCCAGAGGACACCGAACCCCAUCGUCCUGCGUCUGCUCCUUCGACCAAGAGACCAACAGAGAAGACGCCUCUUCAGGGAAUCCACAUCGGUGACUACUUCACUGAACCGCGUAUCAAGGAUCUGAAAAACAUGUCCCGAACCCAGCUUUCUAAGCUGAAGACCUUCACAGUUGGGAGGGAGGGCAUCGGCAAGAUCGAGUUUCGAAAUAACGGCAAAGGAAUCGAUCUUACCAAUGUUGACCUGGACAAACUGUUCGAUCCAAAUGACAUCGACGAACAGGAAGGUGAUGAUCCAAAGGCCAUUGUGCGUUUGAAGGUCCGAUCCGCGACGGUGUACCCCAAAGAAUCCGAGAAGCCUGCGCGCGGCCAGGCACUGAAUGUGCCCAGCAGAAUCUAUCUCGAGAACUCUUGGCCGCGCAGUCAUGGAGGAAAGAAAGCCGUAUUGGCGAAAUCUGGACCAGCAUACGAGAAGCACGUUAAGCGAUUCCGUAACGUGGAGGGCACCAAAUUCGUGAACUACGAUGCUGACACAGGCACCUGGAUCUUCGACGUUGAUCACUUCACCACCUAUGGACUGGACGAUGACGAAGACGAGGAUACCGAGGCCAUGGAAGAUGUGCAGCAAGAUUCUAGCGCGCUGAGCGAUCCGCCAGCCACAUUGCCGCGCGACUCGCAGGACGACACGCUGCAAAGCUUCGAGUCGGGCAACAAUGGGGAAGUUGACGACACAUUUGAGUUCAAAUUGAACCGAUCGAAGUCCAGCAUGCGGAGCUCUCAUAUUCCCGGCGGGUUCGAAGAAGAGGCUAGCAGGCACAUGAGCUAUGACUAUGACGAGAGAAAUGCGGCGGGAAACAUGCAUGACUUCAAUAUGUCAGGAGGCUUGGGUGAACAGGACGUGGACGAAGAUCUGUUCGCGGCACAAGGUGGUGCCGUGCAGGCGCCUUCACCUGCCGCGAUUGAGCGCUACAGUUCCAGUAUGGCUCUUGACACUGCUGGCGCAGACGACUUUGCUGAAAAUGCGCAGGCCGAGUUGGAUUCCGAGCCCGAACAACAGCUCCCAGGAUCUUUCAAUGCCGAAGAGCCUAAGCUGCUGCGAUCGAUCUUGAAGCCGACAGCGCCCAUUACGCGGACGUUCGCCAGUCCAGACAAGUUCGCCAACGAUACGUGGGAAGAGCACCUUCAACGAACAAUGAGCCCCCGCAAGCGCGACCGACAGGCGUUAAAGGAUGUGCAGCGCAAUCUGCUGCGCGACGAUGGACACGACUUUGCAGAUAGUCCAUUCAAGCGAAGUAUGCUUGGACAGAGUGCACUUGGUCAAAGUUACCUUGCUCAGAAGAGUGCGAAGAAGACUGGCUUCAGCAACGUACUUGGAGGCAAGCAGGACCUUGGCAAGAGUCAGGCGUUCAAGACGAGCAUGGAUCUUAUGAACUCGCUCUGGGCGCAGGAGAAGACGACUACAAGAGGUGCGACUGGUGUCAAGGGUUUUGAGAACCCUUACCCGAAGAAACCUCGCCACUCCGCCGGCCACGAACUCGAUGAAAACGAUGCCGCCUUCCACGACAGUAUGAAACCCCAUUUUGCCAACAAUGGCACGCUCAUCUACGCUGUCCCAGGCUCCGCCCCCGAGGUCGGUGGGCCGCUUGAACCCGCAAUGCGUUCCCUGGUCGGCGAACGAACAGAGAUACGCUUCGCUCGAUUCGCGCCAAAUGCCGACCUCAAUAUGGAAACACUGUCACUGCAAAAGCAGCUGACGAUCACUGAGCUCGUCGACGGCUUCCCUGUUGCCCGGCCUGACUCGGUACACGUGGAUUUUGCACAACUUGCGGAAAAAUCGUCAGACGUGGAGUCGGUUGUCUGGCGUCUCUCAGCUCUCUUGUUUGAGUCGAUCCGUACCAGUGCGGGACACCUUGUGAAUGGAAUGUCAGACGAGCAGAUCCUUACAUUCGAGCCCAGACUGCGCAAAGACGCGGUGCAAGAGUUUUGGGCGGGCAUCGUUGAAGCCACCAGCACCGAAAGUGCCGCAGCAGCUAAAUCGGCAGAGGAGAAAGCACUCUAUCUGUUGACUCGCGGCGACCAUACUGCUGCGUCCGAAGUUUUGGCCAAGGGCAGAAAUUUCCGACUGGCUGCGUUGAUUGCCCAACUCCCUGGAUCGGAAAACAGCCGAGACCUUAUCAAGAAGCAAAUUGAGAUCUGGAGGAAUCGUAAUGACUGGAGCGAGAUGUCCGAUGCUGUCAGGACCUUGUACUCAAUUCUGGCAGGAGAAGUCUGCACCGUGGCCGGCAAGAAUGGUGCCAAGGAGGAUCGGGUGAAAGAACUCAGCAUCUCUGAGCGCUUCGAGCUUAACUGGACCCAGAGCUUUGCCUUGCGCCUUUUCUUUGGAGGCCACGACACGCUGGAACAAGUCGUGAAAGCAUACGCCCAUGAUGUUGACAACGGCCGCGAACUGACUCUCCCGACGCCCUUCUGGACCGAUCAGGGCGCAUCCGAGACUUCGGUCGCUGGCCGGGAGGACACUCUGUUCGGACUGUUUCGCCUCUUCUCCACCACACGUGCCUACCCUGCAGAUCUUGCGUCUCUCUUCGAUCCCCACACGGUCUCAGGCUCACCUGCAGACUCUCGACUGGCGUGGCAGCUUGCCAUCAUCCUCUACGCAAAAGGUCGAGCCGACUACAUCGAUCAUGCGAUCCUUGACAGAAUCACUCGCGAUUUUGCCGCUGAGCUCGAAUACGCCAACAAAUUCGUCACCGCGAUCUGGGUGCUACUUCACCUCACCGAUGCCAGCAAGAGAGAGUCCAUGGUCAAGGAGGUCAUCAUGCGCAACGGUGGCAAAAUUCCUGAUCCUUCAACUGGCGAUGAAAUGACCGAGAACAACGUGUUCGAUCAGCUCACAACAUAUCUCAAGAUUCCGGAGAACUUGCUGUUUAAAGCAAAAGCUCUACACGCCAAAGCAGAACUCAAGAAUCCCGCCGUGCAAGCUCGUUAUCUCCUGAUUGCCGGCCUGUUUGAUGAGGCUCACGACGUGCUGAUCUCAUCCAUCGGUCCAGCGGCAGUGAUCGAGGAAGACUACGACGAACUCGUCGACGUUCUUCGCCGUUUCCCAGAACAUGGCAGUGGUGUACAAGGCUGGGAGUCGGGAGGCGCAGUGUACAGCGAUUUCGCAUCGGUCGUCACCAUGAACCUUGGGCGGAAAAACUCACAUGGAGGCAAAUCGAUUAUGCGGAGACUGAGGUCGGGCUUGGAGGCGAUGAACAAUGCGGAUCGAAAGCUCACAUUGGAAGAGAGGGUCUCGAUGAUAGAGAUGGGCCGCAUUCUUGCUGAAGAGGCAAGCGAAGUGGGUGUUGAAGAGAUUGCUAAGACUGUGGACGUGCACACGGACAGCAACGGCACGGGUCUUUUUGAGAGAUAUCAGGCUGCUAUGGGCGUUGUCGUCUAGCAGACGGCAUUGGAUCUGGGGAUAAGACUGCCUCUGCUGACCAACACAUGAUUUGCUCAGGGUGGUGUCUGCGCGGCUUCACCGAAUUGAUAGGUCGCAUAGCAUAUGAAAAGGGACGAUGUACCCAAUUGGAUGAUCAGCUGUGGUGCAGUUUCUCACCGUUCCUGGCAACUUUUCUGGCUCCCGUGUAAUGGAUGCUCAGGAGCUGGUGCUAUCCCAGUGAGACUGACAGGUGCUCUCUCUUUGAGGCCCUGCUUCCUCGCAAUCGAUUAGUGGAGUCGAGACGUGCAUAUUGCCCUGGUAAAAA